GCGAGCUCCAGCUGUGCGCGCCGCGGGGCCGCGGGCGGUGGAGGCGGUGGUACCCGGCCUGGCGCGGCCGUCGCCAUGGCAGCGCAGGCCACGUGGUGAGGGGCCCACCCACCGCUGGUCGCUCUCGUGUCUCACAGCCUCAGAUUGGGAUCGCGAGACACCGCCCGCCUGGGCGACUUCCUAUGCGAUCGGCGGGCUGGGCAGGGCCCCAGCUCCCAGACCUUUCGGGCCUCACCAGCCCGGCGAGCGCCCUGCACGGCCGCCCGGCAGUGAUGAAGGUUCUUCUGCUGAAGGAGGCUCACGAUGACGGCGGCCAGGAUCCCUACAUCAGGGAGUUGGGAUCGCACGGACUUGAAGCCACUUUGAUCCCUGUUCUGUCAUUUGAGUUCCUGUCUCUUCCCACCUUCGCGGAGAAGCUGUCACACCCCGAAGGCUACGGAGGGCUCAUUUUCACCAGCCCCAGGGCAGUGGAAGCGGUGAAGCUGAGCCUGGAGCCGGAUGGGAAGAGCGAAGUCUGGAAAAAGUCUCUGCGAGAAAAGUGGAACGCAAAGCCGGUGUAUGUGGUUGGAAAUGCCACGGCUUCUCUAGUGAGUAAGCUGGGCCUGGACGCCGAAGGAGCGAGCAGCGGGAACGCGGAGCGGCUGGCGGAGUGGAUCUGCUCCGGGGAGCCGCCCGCCCUGCCCCUGCUCUUUCCCUGUGGAGCCCUCAAGGGAGAAGCCCUGCCGCGGAUGCUCAGGGACAAAGGGAUCCCCAUGGAAAGCAUCGUGGUCUAUCAGAAGGUCCCCCACCCGGGAAUCCAAAGGAACCUGGACAGCUACUACUCCGAGCAGCACCACUCGAGUCACUGCUCUUGUUCUCCCCAUAGGGCAUCCCGGCCAGCAUCACGUUUUUCAGCCCCUCUGGCCUCACAUACAGCCUCGGGCACAUUCGGGAGCUAUCUGGGAGCAGCAUCGAUCGGAUCAAGUUCGCAGCCAUCGGCCCCACCACCGCGCGCGCCCUGGCCGCCCAGGGCCUGCCCGUGAGCUGCACCGCCGACAGCCCCACGCCCAGAGCCCUGGCCGCGGGCAUCCGGACGGCCCUCCAGCCCCACAGCUGCUGAGGACGGGCUGCCCUCCAGCCCCACAGCUGCUGAGGACGGCCGCCUGCAGGGGAGGACGCCCGCCCGGUGCCCAGUGAGCCCCCUGGGCACCGCGAUCCGGAGGGGACGUGGCAGCAGCAGGCCUGGCAGGUCACUUCCCUCCACCAAGGCUACGGGGACCCUCACCCAGUGUGCCGGCCCGCCGUCAGAGCGUCCGCCAGCAGCAGGAGGGACGCAGCGACGGGGGGGCGGGCUGUGCACUGUUCCCAGGGUGAGGGCUGUUGGGGAGGACGGAUGUGCCCCAGUUCUGAGAAACAACAGCCUGUGGAGUGGCACAGUC